AUGGGAAAAGCCCAUGGUACGGGAUAUAAGACCAUGGGGGUAGCUCAUGGCAUUCCAUUGAAGACCAUGGAGGGAGUCCAUGGCAAACUUGUAUCGAAGGCUUCAAAACAUGAAGAUGGAGUUGAUUUGAUCAGCAACUUGCCAGAUCCUCUUCUUCUUCUAAUUCUCUCGGGCCUUCCAUCUACCGAAGAACAAAUCCGAACAAGCAUUUUGUCCAGACGAUGGAGAUCCGUGGAUUUGCAUUGUUUUCGUUUAUCUGGUUGGGAUUCCUACAGAACAUCGACAGUAGAGCGGUGGAUUCACGCCACCGUUAUGAAAAACGUCAAACAACUUGACUUGAGUUUUGGGCCCAAAGAGAAGUACUUUGAGGAUAUGGUGAUACCCCAUUCUCUUAUGACUUGCACUUCGUUGGAGGUAUUAAGGUUGUCUUGUAGACAUCGUGUAAUCCUGCCUAGAAUUUCUGGGUUUCCUGCACUUAGGGUUCUUAAGUUGGAAAAUGUUGAGUUAUUUGACAAUGAUUUAGUGAAAUAUUUUUUUCUUGAAAGCUGCCCAUUGCUGGAGGAUUUGACGUUGUAUGAAUGCGUGGUAGACAAACUUGAUCUUGUUUGUAUUUCAUGUCCAAACCUCAAGAAGCUGACACUUCUUAACUGGUGUAAGUACUACUUGUGUAGUUCUCUUAAGCUUUCAUGCCCAAAACUGGUGUAUCUGGAUUUAAAAGGUGAAGUAGCUUCAACUUAUAUCUUUGAAUGUCUAUACUCAUUGAAGGAAGCUGUACUUUAUCCCGAGAUCGACGCCGUAUUUGAUAAGCUGUUUCAUGAAUUUUCUCAUUUGGAAUCUUUUACUACUAACCUUGACUACUUGCCCGAGUGGAUUGAUGAUGCACAUGAUGUCGCUCUACAAAAUCUGAAGACUUUGGAGCUACACUCAUUAAUCGAUGAAUUUACUGCUGAACGACUCAUCCAAGCCCUCGAAUAUUGUCCUGAACUGGAGUCCCUCAGUUUAACCUUUGAAAAUGUCAUCUCAUGUGAUCCAAUGCGACAUCAAACAAACGCGUUUUUGUCGCCGCUAAAAGUGCCCGUCGCCGCUAAAGGUGUGGCCGCUAAAGGCUUAUGUUGGCGAUCCGCGUCAUUUCAACCCUAA